AAACCGUUAACCUUCGCAUUACGGAUCAAAUAGCAAAAAUCUGUUAACACAUGCACGCACAGUUGCAUUUUCACAGUUGACUAGCUGAGGCGGGGGGAAGGCUGCUCUACGAAGUGGAAGUAGUAGCUGCUUUCAGAGUCGUGCUGUUGAUUCGAUCCUGCGAGCCUAAAUAACACAGCUCGUGAAUAUUCAUGAUCGAGCCUGUGGACGUCAGGACGCAGCGGCGGCUCGGCUCUCCCUCCCCGGCAGAGAGAGCUGGCGAGACUGGGGAGGAGAGAGGAGAGAGACAUCAUGCGAGAGCCCGGCUGCAUCUCUCCCGCCGCAUCUCAGGGCAAAUCUGCUCUCAACUCACCGCCGACACGGGAAACAACAAGGGACUGACGAAACAAACUAAAAAAAAAGGGAAAGAGAGAAAAAGACAGAGAGAGAGAGAGAGAGAGAGAGAGAGAGAGAGAGAGAGAGAGAGAGAGAGAGCAACGCCGCCUUGUUUCAGAAACUAGCACACAUUCUCUGGACAUAAGCUCCUUGGGUUUCUGUUCGCAGAGCGGGACGCAUCGAGAGAGAGAGCACAACGCACUUGAAAAGGGAGAUGCCACAGCGAAGCAGUGGUAGCGGGAGGAUGCUUCGAUGCGGGCGGUUAUUGCAGCGCAUCUCCUGUAAGAUGGACGAGACAUAUCGGGGCUGAGGAACUGGCUGCUUAUCGCGUUGGCGAAGGAAAGGUGGUUUGCAAGUGCCGCGGGCUGUUUUAGAGGAUGAAUGCCUUCCCUGGCGGCAGUUGUCGCUCGUGAUAUGUAGCUCAAACGACGACAGAGUGCGUGCAGCUGUUUCUCGGCUAGUGAAGCUCCAUAAAGAAUAACCCAUCUCUCCCCGGCUGGAGCCGAGCGCCGUGGCCGCCAGCAGCCUCCCCCCCACCUCGGCUCCCAGUGUGACGGGUGCGAUGCCCCAACUAAAAAAGUGAGCGCAGCCUCGCGAGCUGUCCGUGGUGCUGAACGGAUCCGUCAGCUCCUCGGGUCUCCACGAGUUGACCUUCUCUCUCCCCCCCCCCCUCCUGUAAACAGUAAGGUGGUAAAGCAGGCCACCGCACAUGGACAGCUGCUGGGCUUGACUGUGUCAGCCGGACAAUAUUCUCUUUCAUGGCUGUGGCACGCAAAAUCAAAACUUUGCUGACCGUCAACAUUUUUGUGUUCGUGGGGAUUAUCCUGUUCUCGGUCUACUGCAGGAUCCAGGACCGAUCCGAGGAGCUCAUCCAGAUAGGGCGUAUGUCUGACCAGAGGCUGCGAGCCAGGAAUGGCAAAGUUUCCAACUCGGUGGACAGGCAGUCUAUUCUCCAGAGGUUGGAGAGGCUGGAAGAUGUGGUCUACAAUCAGCUUAACGGUUUGGCGAAGCCCAUGGGGCUAGUUGAGGGACCCGGAGGCCUUGGCCAGGGGGGAGCUGCUGCCACUCUAGGAGAGGACAGCCAUGAUGCCGAGGGGAAAUACGAGGAGUACGGCUACAACGCUCAGCUCAGUGACCGCAUCUCCCUGGACAGGAGCAUCCCCGACUACAGGCCUAAAAAGUGUAAGCAGCUGACGUACGCAGAGGACCUUCCCCAGAUCUCUGUGGUCUUCAUCUUCGUGAACGAGGCCCUGUCAGUGAUCCUGCGCUCCGUCCACAGCGUGGUCAACCACACACCCGCACACAUGCUCAAGGAGAUCAUCCUGGUGGACGACAACAGUGACAGCGUGGAGCUGAAAUACAACUUGGACCAGUAUGUGAACAAACGCUACCCAGGCCUGGUAAAGAUCGUGAGGAACAGCAAGCGGGAGGGCCUGAUCCGAGCCAGAAUACACGGCUGGAACGCGGCCACGGCUCCUGUCGUCGGCUUCUUUGAUGCCCACGUCGAGUUUAACACUGGCUGGGCUGAACCUAUUCUGACCCGGAUGAAGGAGGAUCACACCCGCAUCAUCCUGCCCGCCAUAGACAACAUCAAGUACAACACGUUUGAGGUGCAGCAGUACGCCAACGCCGCCCAUGGCUACAACUGGGGGCUGUGGUGUAUGUACAUCAUCCCUCCACAGGAGUGGCUGGACAAGGGCGAUGAGACGGCCCCUAUCAGAACUCCAGCUAUGAUCGGCUGCUCCUUUGUGGUUGACCGGGAAUACUUUGGCGAGAUUGGUCUGCUGGAUCCUGGCAUGGAGGUCUACGGAGGCGAGAACAUCGAGCUCGGCAUGCGGGUGUGGCAGUGUGGAGGGAGUAUGGAAGUCCUGCCAUGUGCCAGAGUGGCUCACAUCGAGCGCACCAAGAAGCCCUACAACAAUGACAUAGAUUAUUACGCUAAGCGCAAUGCCCUGCGGGCCGCCGAGGUGUGGAUGGAUGAAUACAAAUCCCACGUCUACAUGGCCUGGAACAUUCCCAUGAAUAACCCUGGGGUUGAUUUCGGGGAUGUCUCUGAGCGCUUGGCCUUAAGGAAAAGGCUGCAAUGUCGGAGUUUUCGCUGGUACCUUGAACACGUCUACCCAGAGAUGCGGAUCUACAACAACACCAUCACAUAUGGCGAGGUGAGGAACAGCAAAGCUAGCGGCUACUGCCUGGACCAGGGCGCUGAGGACGACGACAAAGCCAUCCUCUACCCCUGCCACGGCAUGUCCUCCCAGCUUGCCCGCUACGCUAACGAGGGGCUUCUCCAGCUAGGACCCCUGGGGUCGACCACCUUCCUGCCUGACACAAAAUGCCUUGUUGAUGAUGGCAGAGGACGCACUCCUAGACUUAAAAAAUGUGACGCUGUUUCAAGGAAGUCCCAGAGGCUUUGGGACUUUACACAGAAUGGCCCAAUCAUCAGCAGGGACACCGGUCGAUGCUUGGAGGUAGAAAUGUCCAAAGAUGCUAACUUUGGCCUUCGCCUGGUGGUCCAGAGAUGCUCUGGUCAGAAAUGGAUGAUACGAAACUGGAUUAAGCAUCCAAGGCAUUAAAGCUAGAAAGAAAAAAAUCUCUGAGACAGUUUGGGCAGUGUUUCAAGUUUCGCAGUUGGAUCUCAAACUGUGAACAGUUCAGAAAGGAGCAGAAACUGGUGCUGCUAGUGUGUGCUAUUUCACACUACAGACUGCACAGCACACUUAGCUUCCCUCAGGCCACAGAGCUUUCCAACACUGAGUAUUAAAGAAGAAUCUGAUCAAUUCAUGUGUUCCACUGAGCUGCACGUUCACAGAGACCUUAUGGCAGUCAGAAAUGGCCCACAUUUCUGACAUUCAGCUACAUGUAUAGAACAGCGUAACGAGACAUCUGAGUGUAGCCCCUGAAGUUGGUUCAAGAUCCUAGUAAUUCUUUUGUUUCUACUGUAAAACUAUCAGAUUUGUGGAGAUGAGAAAGAGUGUGUGAGUGUUCUGAGUGCAUCUGAGCUAAUCAAAAUAUAUGAUUGGGUCAGUUGCCACAUCAAAGUGAUUAUUUUGGGCUGUGAUUUGGAAAAAUUGCUUUGGACAUAUUGUGCUGCACUGGCAAGACAUGUAAUAGGCUUCAAAGGGGCUGCCCAUCAUCUGUCCGGGAGGCAUUUCACCUGCUACUGUGCUACCACACAGACUACAGUUCUUUCUUUCUUUGGACUGUAUUGCUCACUGAGGACAGGAGCAAUCAUGUGCCUUUUUUCUCAUUUUUCUGUCUAAUCUGACCAGGGAAUGUCAGUCCCAAAAGCAUGUACAAAAUUAUUUGGAAAUUAUUAAUAUAUAAAACAAUGUAUAAAACAGUCUAAUGAUAGUAAUAUAUUGUAAAAAGUGAAACAUUGAUAUCCAUCCUCUGAUAACAGUUAGGAUAAUAAAAUCAUUUUUAUGAUGAGCAACCUC